GGGCACGGCGCGGCAGGGCACGGCACGGCACGGCGCGGAAGGGCACGGCGCGGCAGGGCACAGCACGGCGCAGCAGGGCAGCGCGGCGCGGCAGGGCACAGCACAGCGCGGCGCGGCGCCGAGCGUGGGUGCGCGGGGCGGCUCGCGCUGCCCCAGUCCUGCCAUGCGGCCGGGCCCGUGGGGGAGCGCGGCCGCCUCGCGUGUGGUGCCGGGCGGGAAGGGGCAAGAUGUGGGGGGGUUUUCUUUCCGCCCGGUGUCCGCCUGCCUGCGCGCCGGGGAUCCUCAAAGCCCACCGGAGAGGCUGCCUUCGCCCCGGCGCCAGGCUCUCGCUGGUGGGGAGAGCCGGCCCCUCGGGAAACAAUAGCGAGCGCCGGUUAGAAGCCGCCCAUGUGUUAUAACUCGGCAGUAGGUUAAAAAGAUGUACGGGGCUGUUUUAAUCAGCGUUAUUAUUAUUAUUCCUAUUGGCAAGGGCGAGGAAUUUAUAUCUUUUUCCGAGUGUAAGAAAUUUCAUUCAUCUCCCGUGUGUUGCGUAAAAAAAUCGCAGACGCAUGUGUAGCGCGUGUUCCGGGAGGAGCGCGGCGCGGGCCGUGUCCCCGCGGGAGCACGGCGGAGAUGUGCCUGCCGCACGGAGCAGCCCGGGCUCGGGGAGAGCGGGGCGAGCUGCUGCUGAGGGAGCCGGGUACGGCCGGGGCUCCAUCCCCACCGUGCCGCGGGCGGACGCGCAGGGGGCGAGGGCCGAGCCCCGGCGCUGCAUUGUCGCUGCGGAGCGUGGGCGUCGCCCGGCGGGGCCGCCCGGUGCCCCCAGCGCCGCGCCGCUCGCGUCUCGCCCGCCGAGGCGGGGGCAACCCCCGCGGCCCGGGCUGCUGCGCCCCGGUGUCAGCCAUGUUUGGAUAAUUUCAGUAGAACAAGCAUUCAGCAACAGAGGUCCUUACUCUUGAUUCCCUGGUAUCAAGGACUCAUCAGGCACCAUCUUCAGUCUUUUUAUUUGGUAUUUUUUCCCAAGCAGAGGGAGUCGACUUCAGUGUCCAUCUGUUUCAGCUGAACGUCAUCUCCUUGCUGUUUGUUUCAAAUUACAAAUGCCUAAGAACAGCAAGGUAGUGAAAAGAGAACUAGAUGAUGAGGUCAUUGAGUCAGUUAAGGACCUGCUCUCUAAUGAGGACUCCUCAGAUGAUGCCUUCAAGAAGAGUGAACUUAUGGUUGAUGAUCAGGAAGAAAAAGAUGUAGAUGUUGAAGAAGGCUCAGAUGUGGAAGAUGAAAGACCUGCUUGGAAUAGCAAACUCCAAUAUAUUCUGGCACAAGUUGGAUUUUCUGUGGGAUUGGGGAAUGUGUGGCGAUUCCCCUAUCUGUGUCAGAAGAAUGGUGGAGGUGCCUACCUUGUGCCGUACUUAAUCUUGCUACUGAUAAUAGGGAUUCCACUCUUUUUCUUGGAGCUUGCUGUUGGGCAGAGGAUCCGAAGAGGGAGUAUUGGUGUGUGGAAUUAUAUCAGCCCCAAACUUGGAGGAAUUGGAUUUGCAAGCUGCAUAGUAUGCUUCUUUGUGGCCCUGUACUACAAUGUCAUUAUUGGAUGGAGCCUGUUUUACUUUUCCCAGUCUUUUCAGCAUCCAUUACCAUGGGAUCAAUGUCCUUUAGUUAAAAAUGCAUCUCAUACCUUUGUGGAGCCAGAGUGUGAAAAAAGUUCUGCAACCACUUAUUACUGGUACAGAGAAGCACUGAAUAUUUCCAGCUCUCUGUCAGAGAGUGGGGGUUUAAAUUGGAAGAUGACUAUCUGCUUGCUGGCUGCCUGGGUCAUGGUAUGCUUAGCCAUGAUCAAAGGCAUUCAGUCUUCAGGCAAAAUCAUGUAUUUUAGUUCCCUUUUUCCAUAUGUGGUACUUUUAUGCUUUCUGAUCAGAGGACUGCUCCUUAAUGGGUCAGUGGAUGGAAUUCGUCACAUGUUCACCCCUAAGCUUGAAAUAAUGCUGGAGCCCAAGGUCUGGAGAGAAGCUGCUACUCAGGUGUUCUUUGCCUUAGGGCUUGGAUUUGGUGGAGUCAUUGCCUUUUCAAGCUACAACAAGAGAGACAACAACUGCCAUUUUGAUGCUGUACUGGUGUCCUUCAUCAAUUUUUUCACUUCUGUGCUGGCAACUUUGGUGGUGUUUGCAGUUCUGGGCUUCAAAGCCAAUAUCAUAAAUGAAAAAUGUGUUACCCAAAAUUCAGAGAAGAUUUUAAAACUUUUGAAAAUGGGCAAUCUCAGCCAGGAUAUGAUCCCGCAUCAUAUCAAUUUCUCAAGCAUUACAGCAGAAGAUUACAAUUUAGUUUAUGACAUUAUACAGAAAGUCAAAGAGGAACAGUUUGAUUCUCUUGGUCUGAAAUCUUGUCAAAUUGAAGAUGAACUCGACAAGGCAGUUCAAGGAACUGGUUUAGCUUUUAUUGCAUUUACAGAAGCAAUGACCCACUUCCCUGCUUCUCCCUUCUGGUCAGUCAUGUUCUUUCUCAUGUUAGUAAAUCUGGGACUUGGAAGUAUGUUUGGAACCAUUGAAGGCAUUAUCACACCCAUUGUUGAUACCUUCAAGGUCAGGAAAGAAAUUCUUACUGUCAUCUGCUGCUUGGUAGCAUUUUUUAUUGGCCUGAUCUUUGUGCAGCGCUCUGGAAAUUAUUUUGUGACGAUGUUUGAUGACUACUCAGCUACUCUGCCCCUGCUUAUCGUGGUCAUUUUGGAGAAUAUUGCAGUCAUACGAAUUUAUGGAAUAGACAAAUUUAUGGAGGACCUGAAAGAUAUGCUGGGGUUUUCUCCAAGCCAGUAUUAUUACUACAUGUGGAAGUAUGUCUCACCAUUUGUAUUGUUAUGUUUGCUGGUAGCUAGCAUUGUCCAAAUGGGAUUAAGUCCUCCUGGUUACAAUGCUUGGAUUGAAGAUACGGCUAUGGAAGAGUUCCACAGCUAUCCAACGUGGGGAAUGAUUGUCUGUAUAUCUUUGAUGGUGUUGGCCGUACUGCCAGUCCCAAUAGUCUUCAUGGUGCGCCGUUGCAACCUCAUUGAUGACAGUUCUGGUAGUUUGGCAUCUGUAUCCUACAAAAGAGGGCGGAUAAUAAAGGAACCUGUUAAUCUGGAGGGAGAUAAUACAAGUCUGAUUCAUGGGAAGAGUCCAAGUGAAGUGCCAUCUCCAAAUUUUGGCAAAAACAUUUAUCGAAAACAGACUGGGUCACCGACUCUGGACACGGCUCCAAAUGGACGUUACGGUAUCGGCUACCUGAUGGCAGAUAUGCCUGACAUGCCAGAGUCUGAUUUGUAACCACAGGAAAAAAGUGCUGUUUGUUUCCUCUCUCACUGAUCACGGCCCUGCUGUGAGAAGUGGUCAGAGUCACUUACUAGGGUGCGAUCUCAGGUGCUCCAUAGUGACAGUCUGUAAAAUGUCAUGACUGUACAUACUGGUUGAGAAAACUCCCUUUGGAUUAAUUCUCUGAGUUUUUAUUUGCAUUGAAGGAAACAUUCAAAUUCAAUGGCAGCCUACAUCUGCCAGCAUAGCCAAGAAUUUGAUUUUUUUUAAUUAACUACUAAAUUUAAAGCUUUCUAUUUCUGAAGCCCAGGUCUCACUUAAAUGAUAAAAUAUUUCUGAGGUUAUAUCAUUGAAAAUCCAUUUUUUUCUGCUGAAUUCAGGUUAGCUUCCAAGUAUUAAUGGUGAGCUCUGUAGUAGUUCACCAAACCUGUGUUUGUGUAAACACCUGUAUAUACCUUAUGUAGAUAUGCUGUACUUAUUUUAUUAGCACUGAUAAUUACUUAGGCUAUUAGCUGAGUAAAAAACGGACCUGCAAACUAUUUUCUUAUGUAAUAGCUGUAUAGAGCAAUAGUAUUAGAAAAUCAAGGAGUAGACUUAUAGGAAGGUGAUCAAAGAUUCCCUGUUCACUGGGGACUGCAUAAACUGUGGCUGUAUAUUUUGUGUAAAAUAUUUGCUUUUUCAGUGUGAAAACAAUGUUAGAGUGAGUCACUCCAAGAAUCUUAAGGAUUGUGCAGAUUCUGCAUUUUUUUCUAUGCUGUGUGCCUAAAAAAACCUUGAUAUUUAUUGUGGUUACAAGAUUACAUAUAUAUUAUAUUUAUAUAAUAUACUUGUAAUGUAAAUAUGUAUAUUAUUCUGUAUGUAAUUGUUUCAAAAGUUGAAGCAAGAUGGCUUUUUAAAUUAGUCUCCUUCAGUUUUGCUUCUGUUUUAUGCAGAUGAUUUUUUUCAGUCAGUAAUUGUUAAGAACUGUAUGGCAUUACAUUUUAACCUACAAAUAAAGAGAUUGAUAAAGUA